GGGUAGAACCGGGUAGUUCGAAAACCGAAAAAAAAACGUUAUUUCCUUUUUUUUAUUAAAUUAUAUUUUAUUUUUAUUGUUUGUUUUAUUUAUUUAUUUACUUCCUCUUUUAAUUAUAUUUUAUUUUUAUUAUAUAUUAUUUUUUGAAAGUUUUAAAAAUGAGUGCCCCAAAGAGAUUUUGCCUUAACACGAGCGGUAUGUAUAAUAUUUUUCUUAAUUUUUCUAGUUAGUAACCAUUUAAAUUUUUUUUUAGAGGAUUCCCAGAGCGCCCGGCUGGACAAGAUGGAAAAAAACAUAGAGUAGCUGCUGGCGGAAGUUAAGGGUAUCAAGGAAGGCCUCAAUGCCCUUACAGAGGCUGUGGGCUCCCUAACGGCCUACGUAAGGCAGUCGGCCAAAGUGGAGAUGAGACGAAUCGAGACUAUGGAGCGCUCCUUCCCCCCUAUCACUGCCGAGGACCUCCAAGAGAUCGACGAAAAACUAGGGGACCCACAUUCGGAGAACUAUACAAAGCUGAUGGUGACAUUACUAAAAAAUGGAAGGCUGAGCCGUUCCAUAUUAAACGUGAUGUCAGAGGACAUUGUUCUGUCCCACAAUUUGGAGGGGGGCCAGAGCAAGAAGAAGCUCAAAGCUUACCCAAACUUCGUACGCGCCUUGUUAAAUGCAAUAGCUCUGGUGGAGCCCUCGGAGCCUCCCGAAAAGGCACUGCAAAAAGCAAUGAGGUGCGUUAAAAACUUAAGUUGCACAAAAAAAAAGUCAACGCCGGCCCCAGAUGCUGAAGAGCCAACGACCCCGCUAACACCGGGAACCCCCGAGCUGAAAUUUUAA